GGGUGUGGCCUGGCCCGGACCCGGAGUGACCAACGAACGACUUUUCCAUCGUCUCCCCAAGUCCGGUCGUGCUCCGUCUUCGUCUACCUCUCGACUCUGAAUAGAUAGCAAUCUCCAAAUCCCCAAGAGCCCCCGGCCGGUCAAAUUAGGGUUUCUUCCUGCUUGCUUCACAGGGCCGUCCAGUUUGCGGGUUCUGUCGGUGGCGCUUGCGAUGGAGGGCUUCUGGGACGCGCAAUCGCAGCGGAGGAGGACGGGCGGCGGUGGCGGCUUCGAAUCGCUGAAGCGUCUGGGUCACAUCUCACCCGCUGUGCAGUCGCACCUCAAACACGUUUACCUCACCCUAUGCUCCGCGCUGGUCUUCUCUGCGCUCGGCGCCUACCUCCACAUCCUCCUCAACGUCGGAGGCACCCUCACGACCGUCGGAUGCCUGGCCGCCAUCGCCUACCUCAUCUCCCUGCCCGCCUCACGGGACCAGGAGAGGAACCGCUUCGCCCUGCUCAUGUCUGCCGCGCUCCUUCAAGGCGCCUCCGUUGGCCCGCUCGUCGACCUUGUUAUUGACUUCGAUCCGAGGAUUCUCGCGACGGCGUUUGUCGGAACUGCAAUUGCUUUUGGAUGCUUCUCUGGCGCUGCCAUCAUCGCCAACCGCAGGGAGUACCUGUACCUUGGUGGUCUGCUUUCAUCUGGCCUCUCCAUUCUUCUCUGGCUGCAGUUUGCUACUUCAAUCUUUGGCCACACCAGCACCACCUUCAUGAUCGAGCUCUACUUCGGCCUCCUGGUUUUCCUGGGAUAUAUGGUGUUUGACACCCAGGAGAUCAUUGAGAGGGCGCACGGUGGGGACAUGGACUACAUCAAGCACGCACUGACUCUCUUCACCGACUUUGUUGCCGUUCUUGUUCGGAUUCUUGUCAUCAUGAUGAAGAAUGCGCAGGAGAAAUCCGAAGACGAGAAGAAGAGGAAGAAGCGCUAGCUGCUGACCCAACUAUCCUAUCUUGUUCCUAUGAGAAAACUCUUGGGACUAUGUUGGUGGGGUCUUCCCUUGCCUCCUGAGUUUACCAAACUAUUGAAACUAUGUUGUUGGGGUCUCCCCUUCCUUCCUGAGUUUACCUAACUAUGACUAUUAGUACUACUAGUAUCAUGUGUGUAGUUUGUACUGAAGACCAGAAGAAGCUUUGAGCAUGCACUUGUUACCUGAAUGAAUGUACCGAUGACUGUUGGCAAUGAGUAUUUGGUUUGGCUAUUGUUAUGUUGA